AGCUCCCGGGCCGACCGCGCAGCCCCGCGCCCUCGGCCCGCCGCCCGCAGCCCGCCCAGGCGGAGGCAGAAGCCCGCGCGCUCAGCCCGCCGCGUCCCGGGCUCGCAGGUCCAGAGCGGGGGCUCGCCGUCUCUCACACCACCACCACCGCACCCCGGCCGGCUCCGCACCCCGCGCCCCUCGGAGCGCACCAUGCCGCAGCUGGACGCGGGCAGCGGCGGCACGGGCAGCGGCGCGGGCGGCGGCGACGACCUCGGCGCUCCCGACGAGCUGUUGGCCUUCCAGGACGAGGGCGAGGAGCAGGACAAGAGCCGCGACAGCGCCGCGGGCCCCGAGCGCGACCUGGCCGAGCUGAAGUCGUCGCUCGUGAAUGAGUCCGAGGGCGCGGGGGGUCCGGGGCCCGGCGCCGGGGCGCGCGGCGAGGCCGACGCGGCAGCCGAGGCGCUCGGGCGCGAGCACGCUCCACAGAGCCUGUUCGCGGACAAACUUACCGAGUCCCUGGAAGACGGCCUGAAGGCCCCGGAGUGCUCUGGCGGCACCAUGUACAAGGAGAGCGUCUACUCUGCCUUCAACCUGCUCAUGCACUACCCGGCCACCCCGGGGGCCGGGCAGCACCCGCAGCCGCAGCCGCAACCUGCGCUGCACAACAAAGCCAAUCAGCCCCCUCAUGGUGUCCCCCAGCUGUCUCCUCUCUACGAACAUUUCAGCAGCCCGCACCCCACGUCUGCACCUGCAGACAUCAGCCAGAAGCAAGGAGUUCCCAGGCCUCUGCAGACCCCUGACCUCUCUGGCUUCUACUCGCUGACCUCGGGUAGCAUGGGACAGCUCCCACAUACUGUGAGCUGGCCCAGCCCUCCUCUCUACCCCCUGUCCCCUUCCUGCGGAUAUAGGCAGCACUUCCCUGCCCCCACUGCAGCCCCUGGCGCCCCCUACCCCAGGUUCUCCCAUCCGUCCCUGAUGCUGGGCUCUGGUGUACCUGGCCAUCCAGCAGCCAUCCCCCACCCUGCCAUCAUGCCUCCCUCAGGCAAGCAGGAGCUGCAGCCCUAUGACCGCAGCCUGCGUGUGUCCCCCAGGAAGACCCAGGGUGAAUCCAAGGUAGAGAAGGAAACCAAGAAGCCAACCAUCAAGAAGCCCCUGAAUGCGUUUAUGUUGUACAUGAAGGAGAUGAGAGCGAAGGUCAUCGCAGAGUGCACACUGAAGGAGAGUGCUGCCAUCAACCAGAUCCUGGGCCGCAGGUGGCACGCGCUGUCGCGGGAAGAGCAGGCCAAGUACUAUGAGCUGGCCCGCAAAGAAAGGCAGCUACACAUGCAGUUAUACCCCGGCUGGUCGGCGAGGGACAACUAUGGGAAGAAGAAGAGGCGGUCGAGGGAAAAGCACCAAGAAUCCACCACAGACCCUGGCUCGCCUAAGAAAUGCCGUGCUCGCUUUGGCCUCCACCAGCAGACGGAUUGGUGUGGUCCUUGCAGGAGGAAAAAGAAAUGCAUUCGGUACUUACCCGGAGAAGGCCGCUGCCCCAGCCCCGUUCCUUCCGAUGACAGUGCUCUAGGCUGCCCUGUGUCCCCAGCUCCCCAGGACUCACCAUCAUACCUUCUGCUGUCACGCUUCCCCACAGAACUGCUUGUUAGACCUGCAGAGCCAUCACCUACAUCCCCAGGCAUCUCUACUGCUUGCAGCCUCCCAGCUCCCAGCCCCCCACAGGCCUCCCGCAGCACCCUGCAGAAUACACAGGCACAGCAACAGGAAUCUCAGAGACAGGCAGCCUAACCUUGCACAGGGACCCACCCAAGAGGAAGCGACAUGGCUCAGUCACAUGGAGCACAACCAGAGUCAUAGGGUCCCAUACCUGAAGAUUUCAGAAGCUGGUCAACUUUCACCUGAACCCAGGCCCAAUCUUAACUGCACCAAAUGGUGGCAUUCCUAUUCUGUAUUAAUGCCAUCUCAUGAAGGGCAUGCCUUGUGCCUGUGCCAGCCACAUGCCUACUGCCUCCCCCUGCUUUUCUGCUGUAGGUCGUAGAUGGGCUGGGCUGAGCACAGCUAUGUCCUCGACCCCCGCCACACCCUCUCCAAUCCCAGACACUUCAUGGACCAAGAAGGAGCUGGUUCAUCAAAUGGCAUGUGAGCAGUGCCACAACUGUAAAGCUCAUGACAACACUUCUCUCGUAAGGAAAUGGAAAAGCUGUUUACAGAAGAACCAGCUGCAACUGGUGAGCUGGGCCAGAGGAAACCUCCUUAUUGUGUCCUCAGGAACUUAUAAGAAGGGAUGAAAUGGUUACAAUUAGGCCUGUAACCUCCCAACAGAAAAGCCUGACACUGCCCCAACAAGCUAAUGUAGCUGGUGUGGGCAUCUGGCAGGAGUUCAAAUUACUUGGAAAUGUCUCCUAAGAAACUUGCCAUUCUGAGCAGCUCUGAUGCCCAAGGCCCCAAGCCUGUCACUAGCAGCUCGAAGACAUGGCUCAAAUCUGGUGUGUAAAGCUCAUUUAAAAUCAUCUUUGUCACAGUAACAUUUUUAGCUCAUUGCAAUCAGAUGAGCCAGCUCUUGGGCAGCUGUGAGGGGCAAAUCAAAAGCUCCUGCUAGCCAGAGCCUGUCUUCUGGCAUGCAGCCAGCCUCACUUUCCCUGUGGGGUUACAGGAGGAGGACCACUGCAACCAAAGCAAGAGCCCAGAAAACCCCUAGUGAUAAAAAAUGGGUUUUCACUAUGGCUUUCUUUAACCCACUUUUGAGCCAAGCUUCAACCCUGAGCCUUAAAAAACACGUUUUUUUUUUAAAUUUAACUUGUUUGUUGCCACCUCCUCACUGUACAUAGCCUGAAUCCAAAGAAAGGGGGCUGUCUGUAUUCACAUACAUCCCUCAGGAAAAGCCUUGAGUUCUUCAGCUACUGGUUUCUCAGAAUCCAGAGAGAACAUACUCCCUAGUAUAGUGCUGCGAAGUCUUGAGGAAAAGGACCACUGUAAUGUCCAAAAUAUUUUUGUACUGUUAAUGCAUCAUCAGAAAGACUUUUUUAAUGUGAGAAUAAAGAUAACUUUUUACUGGG